AAAACUGCAUACAUAUACAGUGGUUCGGUUGUAUAUUAAAUGCAGAAAUGCUGUGAUUUGUAUGUGAAAAAGGUGUAAAAUUGUUGACGUUGCAAGAAAGUUACAAGUUGGAAAAAAGACGCAACGUUACUCUCGCAUAAGAGUGGGAACAACAACACGACACGAAUGCAAAUAUGGAUUUUCACAUACUGAUUGUCAUUGGAUGUGUGUUCAGCGCGUCGCUGCUCUCGUUUCUGUUCAUCAACAAGAUCUUUAGGCGCAAGACUUUCGAGGAGGUGGUGGCCGAGAAGCGAGCACUGAGCGCUAAUCUGUAUAACCAGAACAAGAGUGGCAGCAAUGCGGCGGCGCAGCGCAAGCCCAAAAAGAAGGAUCUAAAGCGUGAGAAGAAGCAGCGUCAGCGUGAGCAGCAAAAGGACCAAGAAGAUCAGGAGGACUACUCUGAUAAUCAGUCGGAAGAGCAGGGCUCUGUUGGUCAAGACGAUGAGCCUGUGGGUUUGUCCAAGCAGCAUGUCGAAUUCGAUCCAGAUCCAGAGAUCUUGAAUGAACAGCAAAAGGAGAAUCAGCCCAGCAACAAUAAUAACAACAACAACCACAACAACAAUGCGAAGAAAUCGAAAAAGGAUAAACGCAAUGGAGCAGCUUCAAAGCCGGCUGCGGGCAUUUUGGUGAACAAGAACGAGCCAGUGGCAGUUAAAGCUGUAGCGCCACUGGAGGAGGUGCCAGUGCUUAACAAUUUUGAUGUGCGUCCACCCAAGGAUGUGGUUGAGCUUAAGAAGCAAGAACAGAAGGAACAGCGUAAGGAGGAUACCAAGCAGCAGCUGCAAAAGAAAAAUGCUGCUGCAGCCAAAAAGGAUAAGCCCAAUGCAGCGCCAGCUUUGCUCAAUGCCGCGCUGGAGCAGCUGGUCGAAGUGCCGCAUGUGCCCAAACAACAACAACAGGUGCUCAAGCAGCAGCCAAGCGGUUCACCCAAAUUGCAACAGAGCAACAAGCAGAACAAGCAGCAACAGACAGGCAAGAAGCAAAAGGAUACAGCAUUGAGUGGCAAGGAUCUGGUGCAGGCGCUGGACAAGCUCGCAGAGCAUCAGACAGUUGGCGUCUCCGCAUUAAUGAACGUCUUCUCACGCGCUGAGCUCAAUCGCUCCGAGAUACAAAUACUCAUUGAUUAUUUGUUGAACAAGCAGCAGGAUAUGCCUGCCAGCCAUGGCGACUGGUCGGAUGACAUUUGCCAGAAGCUCAAGCGUCAGCUGGAGGAGAAAGAGAAACUGUUGAGCGAAGAGCAGGAAGCCUCCAUUGGCAUUCAAGCCAAGCUGCGUGAACUGCGCCAUGAGAUCAACCAGGAGCGCGCCCAGCUGCAGAGCCGCAGUCAGGCCUACAAUGAGCAGCUGCUUGCCAAGGAGCAAGAGCUGGCGGCGCUCAACCAGGAGCUGGCCAGCGUCAAUGAGAAGUUUGCCUUGGAGCGCCAACAGUUCCAGGCCAAGCUGGUGCGCGAGAAGCAGGCCAGCUCACAGGAUUUGUUGCCACAGCUGCAGCGUCUGCAGCAGGAUUUGGCGCACAAGGAGAAGGUCAUUGCGGACAUGAGCAGCUUCGUCCAAGCCGAGGCGCAGCAAAAGAACGAGCUGCUGCAGCAGCGCGAAGAGCUCGAAACACGUCUCAACAGCACAAUUUUCGAGCUGGAGCAGCGCAAGGAGUUGGAAACUGAAAACUCCGAGCUCAAAGUGGAGCUGCGUAAUCUUCACAAUGCACUCGAAUCGUCCAAAACUGAAUUGUCGCAAUCGCAAGUCGAACUCAAACGCAUCUGCAGCACGGAGCUGCAAGAUCUGCGCCAGCAAAAGGCGUUGCUGGAGGCCAGCCAUGUCUCGCUGAAUCAGCAGCUCAGCCAGGCCAACAGCCAGGUGGUGCAGCAGUCGGCCCAACAGUCCGAGCAGGCUCAGGCCCAAUCGGAGGCCAUGCAAGCGCUGCAAAGCGAGGUGCGCUCCUUGAACGAUGCCCAGUCCAAGCAGCAGCAACAGACCACAGCGCUCCAGUCGCAGCUCGAGGAGGCGCAAAAGCGCGCCAGCCAGCUGCAGGAGAAGGAGCAGCAGCUGCAGCUCGAGCUGCAAGAGCAGCGCGAGAAGAAUAAUGAUGUGCGUAUGAAAAAUUGGAAGUUGAUUGAAGCGUUGCAAAAUGCUGAGGCAAGAACAACAACAGCAACAACAACCACCACAGCAAAAACGAAAACAAAUACAACGCAAAGCUUAGGCCAACAGCAGAAACAGUUGCAACAGCAAAAGGCUGCAGCUGCCAAUGGCGGCGAGGCAGUUGCUAUUGCCACCAGCUCCUCGGCCAAGGCUGAACAGCAGCGCAUUCGAGAGCUCUAUCAGCGCUUAUAUCCGCAGGCAGUCAAGGUGCAUGCGGCCACGGCGCUGAAUGCUUCGUUUGAUGAGUGGCUGGAGCAGGUGCUUGCCACUUACGUCAAGCAACAGAUGCCAGUGAUACCGAGGGGUAGUCAUAAGUCCACGCAAUCCAGCGAAACAGCAAACAGCAGCAGCAGCAGUAGCAGCGAUCACAACAACACCCACAACAAUAUUAGUAGCAAUAAUAGCAAUUCGAAUAGCAAAUCCUCCUCCGCCGAGCAAGAAGAGCUGCAUACACAGAAUCUGAAGCUGCGUAAACGCAACGAUGAGCUCACACAGCUGGUCACAAAGACGAGCAACACGCUUGUGGAUUUGGAGCAGCGAGCGCGCGAGCAGGACGAACACUGGCGCGGCAUUGUGAGCCAAAAGGAGCAGCUCAUUAGCAAGCUGCAACAGCAUGCCUCAAACGGUGAACAGGACAUUUAAUGUCACCCUGGUCGAUUGCCCUUCUUAUUAGACAAAAGAACCACAACGAUUAGUGACAACAAUCACAGCGUUUGUCAAACUUCCACAGUAACAAUUCUAACAAUCUAUUAAGUUUAAAGUUUAAUACUAUAAAAAGUAUAUAGAAAUAUAUUAAAAAG